UGAUGACUCUUUGGUAGUGAGUAUGACUGAUGUUACAUAUAGCUGAGUAUAGGCGACUGGCUAGGAGAAACAGACUAAAGUAUAUUACACCAGCGCCUUCUCCAGCUUAGUUCUCGAUUUCCACGCAUCAUGAAACUCAUGGAAUCGCUAUUCUGUAUAUCUGUUAAUACGUUGACUUAUUACGGCAUGGUGAAACAAACUUGCUGCCGGCUUCGCCCCACCGAAAUAUAGCCGAAGUUGGUUGAAAUAACAUAUAUUGUAGCUGAACUUACUGUCUACAACAGCCCAGUCUGCUGGCUUAAUGAGCUAAAGUGUUAUUUCUAACGAAGGCGAUCGUCAGCUCACCAAGGAGGGAUCAGAAUUCGUUCGGGGAAGGAGUUUUGUCAAGUGCGUGAGGAUGGGAAGGGAGCUCCAGUUUCCUCAGCCAAUAGACUAGACCGCCGUCGUGUACCGGUUCUGCUCAUAUCCUUCCACGGGCUGAACUAGGCCGUCUGAGCCAGCGGUUCCUGGAGCAGUGAUGCCGCAGUGACAAUAUCGUCCUUCAGCAAACCCAAACAAAGCUGUAACGGGGAAAGAUGGCGGAGAAAUGCGACGACGGGGAAAGGAGUAGGCCUGUGAGUGGGGUAGGGGAAGUGUCUGACGAUCCGGACACCGAAGAUCAAGGCUCGGAGGAGCACUGUUUUGAGUCCUGUCCCGUGGACGUAAACGAAUACAAGAUCAUUGCAGCCAUAGAUUUCGGCACGACAUUCAGUGGCUAUGCAUAUUCCUUCACAGGAAACAAAGAGGCGAUCUGGACGAACAAAAAUUGGGGUCAGACUCAGGGUUUCUUGCUGCAGAAAACGCCGACGUGUUUAUUGUUGGAUCCUGACGGGAAAUUCUCAGCAUUCGGUUUUGAAGCUGUGUCCAAAUAUAACGAACUGUCCGAAGAAGAAGCGGUCACUCAUUAUUAUUUUGACCGUUUCAAAAUGAAGCUGUAUGACAAUAAGGAACUACACACAGAGCUGACCCUGGUAGCGGCUAACGGACAGUUGAUCUACGCCGUGGACGUGUUCGCUCACUCCCUCUACUUCAUGCAGCGUCAUCUGCUGAAGGCCGUCGAGGCUCAGGUUGGCUAUCAGCCCGACCCAGGUUCCGUCAGGUGGGUGAUCACCGUGCCCGCUAUCUGGGACGAGAACGCCAAGCAGUUCAUGAGGGAAUCCGCCUUCAAGGCGGGUAUCAUAGAGUCGAAGCACAGUGAUCAGCUGUUGAUCGCCCUGGAACCCGAAGCCGCCUCUCUUCACUGCCGAAGUCUUCCUGCCAACACUUUCAUCGGCUCAGAAUCAGAAGGCGCCAACAACCCAAGCUUCGAACCUGGAACCAAAUAUCUUGUAGUGGACGCUGGAGGUGGCACUAUUGACGUAGUGGCUCACAAAAUUCGGAAAGACGGUCGUGUCCGUGAGAUGUUCCGGGCCAGCGGUGGUGCCUGGGGCGGAACCAUUGUAGACAGACAGUUUCUAAAUCUCAUCGACAGAGUCUUUGGCGAGGACUUCAUGAAUGAGUUCCAACGGGAAUACCAAAAGGACUAUCAGGAAUUGCUUCAAGACUUUGAAAUCAAAAAACGCAGUGAUAGUGAGUCACAAAGUGUAAGAGUAUCUUUGCCUUACAAUUUCUGUAAUUUUAAGUAUGACGACAAAACGGUGCCACAGUUAAUUAAAACAUUCGCGGAUAGCACCAAAGAGGGUGUCAAGUUUUCGUCGGGAAAGCUCGUCCUGUCGUCUGACGUGGUCAGUGCUCUCUUUGAUGAUGCUCUCAAGCAAAUAACAGACCACGUAGAAUCGCUGUUAGAAAAACCCAAAAUGAAGGACACCAAAUACAUUUUCCUGGUGGGUGGUUUUGCCGAAUGUGGGCGGUUACAGGCGGCAGUGAAAGACAAGUUUAGUGACAGAGUUACGGUUCUUGUGCCGGAGGAGGCCAGUCUGGCGGUGGUGCGUGGGGCAGUCACGUUUGGACACGACCCCGGCGCCAUAGGGCAGAGGAUCUGUCGAUACACCUACGGGGUGGGCUCCUACCUGCCCUUUGAAGAAGGUGUGCAUCGGGAGGACUUGAAAGUCGAGUCAGACGGUAUGACAUUGUGUAAGAACAUUCUACAGCUGUGGGCAGAGGCAGGAGAGAUAAUCGGGCAUAACGAGGUUUGGCGAGAAAGUUACACACCUAUCAUCAGUAACCAGAAGGGUAUAAUAUUUGAGUUUUAUCGGUCCAGUCGUCGGGGAGUGAUGUACACGGAUGAGGAGGGCGUGGAGAAAUGUGGCUUUCUCAUUAUAGAGAUGCCUGACGUGACUGGUGAUAGGUCGAGAUCGGUGGAUUUAGAGGUAGUUUUUGGAGGCACAGAAAUCAAGGUCAUCGGAUUCGACCACACUAGCAACAACCGUCGGGAAACCUAUAUUGAUUUCCUCUCUACCUAAGUGUCUGCUCAAAUUAGCUUUGUACAGUGUUAUUCUUGCUAAAACGUAACAAUGUAACGGGCAUUCCUUGCGCAGUCCGAAUGUAGUUUUGUGUUGAAAAAUGUAAAUAGCGAAGCUCUGCCUAUGGCUUGUCAUUCUUGAGGCCCAGUAAGGGAGGGAUGGAUGAUAGAGAUAAGAAAAGCUAAACGAUGAAAGACACUCUUAUGAAAUGACGAAUGAGGCACAAGAAGAAACUGAUAAAAGGGACACUGAAAAGUAAUAUAUAUGUAUGGAUAGGCGCCCAGAUUGUAAAAACAUAUUGCAUUUCUUAGCUCGAAACAAAAAGUUGCCAAAUAAGACAAAUGAACUGCAAAGAACAAAUGCUUGAACAAUUUCCUUUUUAAUUGAUUUGUCCCUUUCGCUUAUUUAUGUAUAUUAUUUUGUUUCAUUUUCUGAAAAUGAACAAGUCUAACUGACAUUUUUGGUAGACAUCUUAGAGCGUCGUAGAGUAGAUAUAUGCUUUAAGAAAAAGUAAGACCUAUACUUCUCUGAGGCCAUCGCCUUAUUUCUGUUGUAAUGAACUGGUUGUGAAUGAACCAUCUACACGCAAUAACCAGCUCUUCAAUGAAAACAAUGAGAACUUACAGCUUUAACAUGCACAUUCCGAUAAAUAAGAUUUAAAUUAAUUUAACCUCAUGUAUAUUAUGAUAGAGGUAUCACUAUACGUGUAAAAACUGGUUUCAUUUAUAUAUGUGGACAGUGUAUAAUAGACAGACAAAUUCAUUUUCAGCGUGAAAGGAGAAUGAUCAAUUGUAUAUGGUUCGAUGGUGAUUAUAUAAUUUUAAAACUACUUCGAAACAAUUUUCAAAUAUUUGCUUUUCGUGGCUGUUGAAAAGACUUCAAUUCCGUAUUUUAUACAUCUGUGAUAUAUUUUAUCUUCAUAAUAACUGAAUUCGAAAGUAACCUUAUCUAAGUUAAUAAAUCCCACUUUUUAUCUGAAUGUUAGUUAUACAUCAAAAAGCGGUUUGCACCACAGUUAAGACAUUUAUUUACACCAGCUACAAGUGCAUUCAGUAUUGUACAGUCAACACCUAUCAUGUCUUAAAUGUUUUCAAGCAAUGCCGAAACCAUCGUAUCAAUGUACUGAAACCUUUGUGAGCAAAGGUACAUGCUGCCAUAUUGUACAUGUAUAUGCAGUGGUAUGCAUGACAUCAUUGUAACACAGGGCUAACUACACAACACGAUACAUCCUGAGCCAGGAGACACCAUCAACGAUAAAGGUGUUUAUAUUAACACAGUCAUGUUCUGCAUCAUCAAUCUAUCCCGUCUGGGACUAUGUUGUGCAAUCCUGAGAUAUUAAAUAUUUUGGGUGAAUUCGGGUUUUGUUUAUUUUUGAAUACGAGUGUCGUGUUUUGAUAUGUUACAGUUGUGUACGCAGUUGUCCGACUGUAUUAAGUGAUACAAAACUGUAUACAUGUGUAUUUUGGUGAAGCAAUUCUUUUCGCAG